CAGUGUCGCCACCACACGAGUCCCAUCUGUCACUUCGUCAAACAUGGCCGUGUGUAGCUGAAAGUUAUCGCGUAGUUUUCCGAAAUUCCAUUGUGUUCCGUUAAUUUUUGGUCACAAAAACGUGAGAUGAACGGUGACGGUGAUAGUGAGUCUUGGUUAUCGGGAUGGGAACAGCAGUGUGCCGAUUCGGUGGACGAGCAGCCCGACUUCGAGCAGUCCCUUCGUGACGAAUCGGAGAAUUCUCACACGCGAAUAUGGACUGCGUUCCAGGACUCCGCCGCAGCCAUAGCCCAGCUGUAUCGCGAUCGGGUUACAGGAGAGCCGGCGACGCUCUGGUUGCAGUUCCAGACGGCUGCGGGCACGGUCACCUCAUUAUAUAAAGAAUCUUCAGAGGGGCUGCGGAAGUCGAGCGACCUGGCGAAACAGUGCGGAUACCAAAAACGGAACAAGGAAAUACUCAAUUGGGCCAAGCGGAAACGGCGCCUGAUCUGCAGAGAGGACCUGCUCGCCUACCUCUCCGGAAAGCUUCCACCCAAACCCAACCACCACCAGUACCACCACCACAACCACCACAGUAGGAUCCCCAUGUCUCCUCGCCCUAGGAACAUAUCGCCGCCUCCUGGAGUCGCGCCCCCUGAAUCUCUGGGUCUUAAUAGUGAGUUACACACCUUCAGGGAGGCCUUGGCGCGAUCGCCCUUGUCUUGCAUUGCCCGGGGCCCAGACUUGUGCGCUUUUAUCACAGGGGAAAUGGCCAGGCAUUGUAAACGGCCGGCGAGUCCUUCCGAUGUGACAAUGGACAGUCCUACACAACAAAAAAGACCUCGAUAUAUGUGAAAAACGUCAUCAGUCCUGCAGUUUUCCUACUCGUUCAAUAGGUGCAGUUGCCUUCCGUUUUGUAUACAGUUUUUCAUUUGAUUUUUGGUGCUUUUAAUGUUUUUUUAAGUCUGUGAUAAUUGCCUGAACUUAUUAUUUUCUUCUGUUUUUAACGCGGUAAUAUCGGAUUUGGGGGAUAGAGGUAUUGGUCAUUCUUUUAAAUUAAUUGUUUUCGCUACAAAACGCGCGACGUGCAGGAACGAUGGGGUAAAUAUCCAUCACUAAAUAUUCAAUGAAUAAAGUAGUUUAUUAUUCAUUAGAUUGUAAGGCAAUUAAAAAUAAUACAAAAAAUUGGCCAUUACGAAAUUGUAAAUAAGUUCUUCUUUCGUUAAAUACUUGUUGAAAACUUCUUACUGUUUUUUUACACUUAUGAGACAAAUCAUUAUAUUGUAAUAUAGAGGUGCCUCGGUCGAUUUUUUAUAAUAUGAAGCCUUCCAAUUUUUUGAGAAUCGAUAUAUUCAAGACACAGACUGCCACUUAUUAUAUUUUAUUUAUUUAUAUGGAGAGGUUGAGAUUGUUGAUAUCGGGAAUUUUUUUUGAAAAGAUACCGAGUCUCAGGAUGCUAAAUACGAUCUUCACACACGACUUUAUAUUGAUUUAUCUUGUAUUCCAAUUGUUAUUCUGUAUAGUUGCAAGAUUCUUAUUUUCAACAAGUGUUAAUAGACUGUACGAAUAUUUGCACAUAUUUAUUUAAUUAAAUCUAGUUUUUUAAACCUUUGUUAUUUUGUUUCGGUACUUCUAAGAUCCAAUUAUGUUUCGACUUUUUCAGUGAUGUAAGUAAUUGUUCUGUAAAUUAUUAUUGGUCUAAAUAUAUUAUAUUGGUCUAAUUAC